AUGGCUCGCGGCUUUAAAAUUAGUGUUCCCGCUUCUUCCGCUAACAUUGGACCAGGAUACGAUGUUUUAGGCAUUGGUUUAGCUCUGUAUCUCGAGCUGGAUGUGACCAUUGAUUCGAAAGCCGCGCCAGAGACAAACUCUGAUCCCAAUAACUGUAAAUUGACUUACAGUGAAGACAGUGAAGGUGCGACUACGGUACCCCUGCGUUCAGACGAAAAUUUGAUCACCAGAACUGCUCUCUACGUUCUCAGAUGCAACAAUGUGCGUAGUUUCCCAUCGGGCACCAAAGUGCAUGUACACAACCCAAUCCCAUUAGGACGUGGCCUAGGAUCGUCUGGAGCUGCUGUAGUUGCUGGUGUGAUGCUGGGUAACGAAGUGGGCCAACUUGGGUUUUCAAAACAAAGAAUGUUGGACUAUUGUUUGAUGAUCGAAAGACACCCCGACAAUAUCACUGCAGCUAUGAUGGGUGGAUUUGCGGGCUCGUUUUUGAGAGAAUUGACACCUGCAGAGGUCGAACGUCGCGAAAUUCCUUUGAGUGAGGUCCUUCCUGAACCCAGUGGCGGUGAUGAUACGGGACUUGUACCACCAUUGCCUCCAACCGACAUCGGACAUCACGUUAAAUAUCAAUGGAAUCACAAGAUCAAGUGCAUUGCCAUCAUUCCAGAUUUCGAGCUGUCUACAGCUGACUCGCGCGGCGUUCUUCCAAAAGCCUACACCUCAACGGAUUUGGUUUUUAACUUACAAAGGCUUGCCGUGCUAACCACUGCGCUCACACAGGACCCACCUGACCCAAAUUUGAUAUACCCAGCAAUGCAGGACCGUGUGCACCAGCCUUACAGAAAGACUUUGAUUCCCGGUCUUACUGAGAUACUAUCCAGUGUGACUCCGUCUACUUACCCUGGUCUUUUGGGUAUCUGUUUGUCCGGAGCCGGACCAACUAUAUUGGCACUCGCAGUCGACAACUUUGAUGACAUUGCGCAAGAAAUUAUUAACAGAUUUGCCAAAAAAAACGUCACUUGCCGCUGGAAAGUCAUAGAGCUUGCAUACAACGGUGCUGAGGUCAAUCCACUUUGA